CUAGAGCUACUCGCCUACGUUGUCAGUCGCGGAGUGGUUGUGCGAUCCAUGAGUGCAUUUUGAAGAUUAUCUAUAAAUCGGUGGAAUAAGUAUUUACAGUGUGUUGUGAGUUGUGUUUAGUCAAAUGGAACUUUAAUUUUGAUACACGCUUGACGCAUCUCUUCAUCAGUCUCACAUGUAGAUGGCAUCUUACUAUCGCCAGUCAGUACUUAUGAAAACGCGAAUUAUAAGAAAAAAUAACAGCUUUAGUAACUUAGUAAUUUAACGGGAGCCGAGCGUGAAUAUUUUAAAUUAAAAGCAUUAUCGUUGAGAGCUAAAAUUGAAAACAAGUAAACAAGAACAAGUACCUACCAUUUAGUUUGGUUUAAAUUGUCAAACAUGACAAACGUGCACGAUGUUAAAGUUCGGUUACAGAAGUUCGGUUGGCCCGACUAUAUGGUUUUCGUGAUAAUGCUUCUGAGCUGUGUUUUUAUUGGCGUAUAUUUCGCUUUGAAAAUGCGACACGAGCGAAAAAAAAGAAAAAAUGAUAGUAAUAAAGACGCAGAGGAUAGCUAUUUGGUUGGAGGAAGAAAUAUGAAAACGUUUCCCAUAGCAAUGUCAUUAAUAUCAAGCUUUAUUUCGGGAAUUACCUUGCUGGGAACACCGACGGAAAUUUACUUGUAUGGAAUUCAAUACAUUUAUGUGGUCGGAGCUCUUCUCCUAAUGGGGGUUGCAAUGUACUAUGUUUUUCUUCCUGUUUUUCAUGACUUGAAACUUAUUUCAACGUAUCAGUAUCUUGAGACUCGUUUUGACCAGAGAGUGAGGCUUUUCGGUUCUGUUCUCUUUACGGUUGGAUCGUUGAUGUGGCUUCCAAUAGUAAUCUACGUGCCGGCGUUGGCUUUCAAUCAAGCAACAGGAAUUAACAUUCACUGGGUGACGCCCCUCGUUGGUCUAGUAUGCAUUUUCUACACAUGUGUGGGUGGGUUACAAGCAGUUGUUUGGACCGAUGUCGUGCAGGCCAUUCUAAUGUUUGGGGCAAUGAUUCUGAUAAUUGUUAAAGGUACAAUUGACAUUGGAGGCCCGAGAACGGUUUUGGAAAGAGCUUGGACUAGCGGGCGCAUAGAAUCUCCGAACUGGAGGUUUGACCUUCGAGAACGCCACACAGUGUACUCACUUCUACUUGGAGGGUUCCCACACUGGCUGAAGUCAAAUGCGGUAAAUCAAAACAUGAUUCAAAGGUACUUAUCCCUGCCAACUCUACGAACAGCUCGUCAAGCAUUAUGGGUCUUCGUAUUGGGUGUGUUCCUCCUGCUGGCUAUUUGUUGCUAUAGUGGACUGCUCAUCUAUGCGACGUACAGUGAUUGUGACCCCUUGACAACAAAGCUAGCAACCCGAAAAGACCAACUUCUGCCCUUAUUGGUGAUGGAAACACUUGGAGAUUUUCCUGGACUUCCUGGACUAUUUGUGGCAGGAGUAUUCAGUGCGGCACUGAGUUCCCUGUCUACCGGGCUAAAUUCAAUGUCUGCCGUUGUCCUUGAGGACUUUUUCAAGUCCUUUUGUAAAAAACCACUAACGGAACGUCAAACAGCUUUCAUUAUGCGUGGUGUUGUUGUCGUUUUUGGUGCCCUAUGCGUUGCUCUUGUUUUUGUGGUAGAGAAACUUGGAACAGUACUUCAAUUGUCAAUGAGUUUGGCAGCAGUUUCCAAUGGUCCUCUACUGGGUAUAUUCACGAUGGCAGUUUUGAUUCCAUGGGUUGAAGGAAGGGGUGCUAUAAUUGGAGGAACAACAGGUCUGGCAAUUAUGUCGUGGAUAGUUGCGAAGGCACAAGCAGCAAUUGCCACCGGAGAAUUGAGUUUUAUAACAAAACCACUAACAACAAGCGGCUGUAGUUACACAUUUAUUGCUCAGAGUUCGCUUAGUAUGUUGGCCAUUAACGCAACUACUGAGCAAACAGCAGCCAUUCCUCCGAUCGAUGUGUCCUUCAAGAUCUACCAUAUUUCAUAUUUGUAUUAUACAAUGCUGGGAGCAGUUAUAACUAUGAUGGUUGCGAUUGCUACCUCCUUUCUGUUAGGUCCAAAUAAGCCCAGCGAAGUUGACCCGAAGCUCCUAGCUCCAUUUGUGAGACGAUUAAUCGGAUGUACGAGAAAGAAUCAAAAUGUUAUAGAGACUGGAAAAGCACCUCUAAGUGGAGAUAAAUUCACAUUUACAGAAAAUUUUGAAUUUAGUCCCGUAGAAGGAGAUGUCCAUUCGAAAAAUACAAGUAAACUAAUGUAAAGCAAAAUUAUUUUUUGACUGAAAUAAAAUUUACGUCUAGGCGCUUUUAAAAAACAUGCGCGCUUCAAA